GUAUUACCUCUUUGCCCUCGUGGUGAACCUGAGCCGUGACGCCUACGAGAUCCGGAUGCUGAUGGAGCGCGAGGCGGGCGGGAAGCGAGCGAAAGGCAACGACAACGGGCGCCAGCUCUGGGCUGACAACGGGCUCCAGCAACUGGGGCUGAGGCUGCAGAUCCAACUCCGGCUCCUGCUCCACGUCCUUCGGAACAACCCUCCUCUGCUGCUGGACCUGGUGAAAAACACCUGUGACCUCUUUAUCCCCCUGGACAAGCUGGGGUUGUACAAAACCAACCCGGGUUUCGUUGGGCUUUGUGGCCUCACCUCCUCCAUCCUCUCCAUCCUCACCAUCCUUCAUCCCUGGCUCAAACUGAAGCCGUAG